UCAUUAAUCACAGUGCAGUCAAAGUAAUUAGAUCGAAGCUACAUAGGGAAGAGGAGGUUUCAAACGAGAGGAAGUAUUCGCAGAUGUCAUUGUGAAAGGGAAGAAAGUGCAGUGUUGAGAAUUCUGUGAAACGAAAAAAAUGUCUCUUAAGUUCUCCAUAAGCAACUUUUACGAAACUUAUACGGAAUAGAGCAUGACGAGGAAACAAACAAUAAUCGUGAAGCUUAAGAGAUCCAGCACCGGCAAACCUUGGGGAAUACGUAUCGCCGGAGGCGCUGAUUUGGGUACGCCGAUCGUCGUCACCCGCUCGGAGAACGAGACGCUCCAGAGGGGUGAUGUGAUCAAGAAGAUCGAUGAUUACGACGCGCGAGAUGUGAGGCAUGUAGACGCCCAGAAUCUUCUUCAAAACUCUGAAUCAAUAAGGCUCGUGAUCGAAAGGUCUGAGCCGUCGAAAGCAUCUCGUAUCAACAUUCGUACCACGUCAUCUUCGAUUUUCGAGUCGAACACUGGCGACAGGGCUGCGGUCACUAGUCUAGCCAAGCAACGGAAAUUACCAGCGGAAUUACCGAAGAGUCCUGUACCGCCGCCUUCCAUCGACGAAUACAAUCGGCCCUCAUCCUCGCCGGAUCGCCUUUACUUGCCGCACGAACACCUCGACGAAGUUCGCGAGGAGAGAGCCUAUUUGUCGCAGCCGUACCGCACAACUCCUCUGGUCUUGCCAGGUGCAAAGAUCAAAAAGGAUGCUCCGCUCGGGGAGUGCUACUUGCGCCAUCAUCCAAAUCCGAUGAUCAGGGCGGCGCCACAUCAUUACGAACCUGCUCAUCCGGAGGUUGCUAUGAAACAAAAGGUGGCAGAAACGGUACUUCAACGUGUCUUGGGACCGAAUGAAGUUCCAAAGGUUGUCCAUAAACAAUUUAAUUCACCGAUCGGACUCUAUUCCGAAGAAAAUAUUGCUGAUACUAUAAAAUGCCAAGCAUCUGCUAUACCCAUUUUCAUAGAUUUUUCCUUCGUGAAACAGAAACAAGAAAUAGAAGAACAAGCGAGAAUCUUGAAAGAGCAGGCUAAGGCCGCCUCCUCGAAGAAUGUGUGGCCGCAAUUCAAUAAACCAAAUUAAUAUUCAGUUCGAGACGUUUUUCGAUGCUUCUCGCACGUUGCAUAGUAAAUUCGUAGUUUCAAAUUUUUUCUCGGUUUUCGCAUAAAUCACGUUUUUUGUCUCGAAAUUGUUUCUCUUCUCAUCAUUGAAAAUAAUAAUUGUAUUAUAUAUUUUUUAUUUAUUUAUUUUAAUGAGACAAAUGAACGUGGAUAUUUGUGAUUGAAGUUUUGAUCAGCGUUCCAUCAAGUGUUUACGUAUUCGAACGAAUUUUGUUUUAGUUUUAUUAUUUAUAAAAUAUCUGUAAAAUAUUAUUAUUCAUUAGGAUAAUGAUACAAUUAUGAUGCAGUUUGUUUUAUUAAUAAUAUCGAGUAGAGUCGAUAAAGUCGACAUAAAUAUUAGAAAAUAAAUCAUAAAAAAAGUUUGUAAAAUAACAAUACUAUACAUUUGCAUGGUGUAUUGUUGAAAAUAAUCAAUAAUUAAUCAUA